CGGCGGCCGCGGUGGCUGCUGGGGAGCGUGGGACGGCGGCGGGGAGCGGAGGACUGUUAACGUUCGUCCUGGAGGAGAGGAAGUGCCGUAGAAAUGUCGCGAAUUGAGAAAAUGAGUAUCCUUGGAGUGAGGAGUUUUGGUGUGGAGGAUAAGGACAAACAAAUUAUCAGCUUUUUUAAUCCAUUAACUAUUUUAGUGGGACCAAAUGGUGCAGGGAAGACGACUAUCAUUGAAUGUCUUAAAUACAUAUCCACUGGAGAUUUUCCUCCUGGCACCAAAGGAAACUCAUUUGUUCACGAUCCAAAGGUUGCCAAUGAAACAGAUGUCCGAGCUCAGAUUCGACUGCAGUUCCGAGAUGUAAAUGGAGAGCUCGUAGCUGUCCAGCGAUCCAUGGCUUGUUCCCAGAAAGGCAAGAAAUCAGAAUUUAAAACCCUUGAAUCUGUCAUUACUAGAACAAAGCACGGGGAGAAGGUCAGUUUGAGCUCCAAGUGUGCUGAAAUCGAUCGAGAGAUGAUCAACGCCCUUGGUGUUUCCAAAUCAGUGAUCAACAAUGUCAUUUUCUGCCACCAAGAAGAAUCCAACUGGCCAUUAAGUGAAGGGAAGGCCCUGAAGCAGAAGUUCGAUGAGAUCUUCUCAGCAACAAGGUAUAUUAAAGCACUUGAAACGCUCCGUCAGGUCCGGCAGAAACAAACCUCGAAAGUAAAGGAGUGUCAGACAGAGCUGAAAUACCUGAAACAGAAUAAAGAGAAAGCACAGGAAAUCCAGGAUCAUCUGAGCAACAGAGAGGCUCAGCUGGCUGCUUCUAAGGAGAAUGUAAAAGCAAUUGAGAGUCAGCUUGACCCUCUCAAGAGUUCUCUGGCAACAGUUGAACAGAAUCUCACCAAGGUCAUCAGGAUAGACAAUGAAGUCAAGGCACUGGAGAGCAGGAGGCGGCAGAUGGAGAAGGAUAAUCAGGAUUUGCAACAGAAGAUGGAGAAGGUGUUUCAAGGAACAGAUGAACAACUAAGGGAUAGGUACCAAAGCCACCAGAAAACAGUGAAGGAGAAGGAGAAGAGAUUAUUAGACUGUAAGCGGGAAUUAGAUCGAGCCACUAAAGAGUGCCAGAGGUUUAACAGUGAGAAAUCAGAGCUCCUUAUUGAACGAGGUCGUCUUCAGCUGGAAGCAGAUCGUCACCAGGAGCACAUCUCCAUGAGGGAUUCAUUAAUUCAGUCCUUGGCAGCACAGCUGGAAUUAGAGGGUUUUGAGCAGACACCUUUUAAUGAAUGGCACAUUACCAGCUUUCACACGUUGUUGAAGGAGAGACAGAGAAGAGAUACAGAAGCUGCGCAGCAUCUGAUGAGAGAAUUUACGCGAAAAGAAGCAAUGAAACAGAAGGAGAUAGAUGAAAAAAGAGACCAGAAAACUGGAUUAGAAAAAACCAUUGACCUGAAAUCAGGCAUUAAAGAUAAGAAACAAGUUGAGCUGAAGAAUUUGAUACACGAAUUGCGGCAGUUGGAGGGGUUUUCAGACAGAAUCCUGGAGCUGGAGCAGGAGAUUGCCAAGACAGAAAAGGAGCUGGAGAAGACUGAGAGGAGCAGCAAUGUAGAGAAACUGGAACUGGAAGUAAGGACUCUGCAGAAUGAGAAAAUAAACCUGGACAAAGCUCUUAGGAAGCUGGAUCAAGAGAUGGAACAAUUGAAUCUACAUACCACAACUAUUACUCAAAUGGAGAUGCUGAAGAAAGACAAAGCAGACAAAGAAGAGCAGAUCAGGAAAGUAAAAGCAAGGCAUUCCGAUGAACUUACAUCACUGCUGGGAUACUUUCCAAAUAAAAACCAACUUGAAGACUGGCUUCAUAGUAAAAAUAGGAAGAUUAAUCAGACAAGGGAUAAUCUUGCCAGCCUCAACAAGCGACUGGCGUCAGUGGAGUAUCACAAAACUUACGUCAGCAGUGAGCUGCGAAACAAAGAAGAGCAGUUGUCCCUUCAUGAAGAGAAACUCUUUGCUGUGUGUGGAAGCCAAGACUUCGACAGUGAUCUGAACAAGCUUCAGGAUGAAAUAGAGAAAAGCUCAAAACAGCGAGCCGUGCUUGCAGGAGCCACUGCUGUUUAUUCCCAGUUCAUCACACAGCUGACAGAGGAGAAUCAGUUGUGUUGUCCAGUUUGCCAGAGAGGGUUUGAAACAGAGGCUGAGCUGCAAGAUGUCAUCAGUGACCUGCAGUCUAAGCUGCGUCUUGCUCCAGACAAACUGAAGUCAACAGAGUCUGAGCUGAAGAGAAAAGAGAAGAAACGCGAUGAAAUGAUGAGUCUGAAACCACUGAGGCAAACUGUGGUUGAACUCCAAGCGAGGGACAUACCGGACCUGAGGAACAAGAUACAGAAUGCGAACAGGGAUUUGACAGGCCUGAAGGGUGAGAUAGAAGAGCAGGAAUCCCUCUUGCAGACAGCUUUGUCUGAGGAGGAAGGUGCCAAGGCACGUUUACAAGAUAUAACUCUAAUGGAAAGGUACCAGACUGAUAUUAGGGAUGUUGACCGUAAAAUUGCUCAGCAGGAGGCUAAGCUGCUAGGGGUCGAUCUAAGUAGAACUGUUCUACAAGUAAGCCAAGAAAAACAAGAGAAAAAGCACUUGUGGGAUACAGUUACUGGUAAAAUUGAGUUAAACCAGAAACUGAAGCAAGACCAACAAAAUCAGAUCCAGCAGCUGAAGAGCACCAUUAAUGAGCUUAAAGCAGAGAAGCUUCAGAUUUCCAGCAGCAUGCAGCGUCGUCACCAGCUGGAGGAGCAAACAGUGGAAUUAAGCACUGAGGUUCAGGCCUUAAGCAGAGAGAUCAAGGAAGCAAAAGAACAGGUACUUCCCUUGGAUACAACUUUAGAAAAGCUGCAGCAGGAGAAGGAGGAUCUAGUGAAUAAAAGGACUACAAGUAAUAAAGAAACACAGGAUAAGAUGAAUGGCAUAAAUGAGAAAGUUAAAGAUAUCAACAAGUAUGUGAAAGAAAUUGAAAACUAUAUUCAAAAAGGAAGAUAUGACUAUAAAAAGCAAAAGGAGUCUGAACUUAAUGAGGUGAAUUCUCAGUUAGCUGACUGGGAGAAACAGAAGGAAAAGAUAAGUAAAGAGAUGGAAACGAUUCGACAGGAUAUUGACACUCAAAAGAUACAGGAAAGGUGGCUGCAGGAUAAUCUUACUUUGAGGAAACGGAAUGAAGAGCUCAAAGAUGUUGAGGACAAUAUAAAACAACUUGUGAGGGAGAUGGGAGAAAUGAAAGUCCCGGAAAUGAAAAAUGAACAGAAACAGCUAGAGGAGAAAAUCGAAUCUCUGAAAAGAAACCAUCAUGUUGCCCUUGGUCGGCAACGUGGAUUUGAGGAGGAGAUUGUCCGGUUUAAAAAGGAACUUCGAGAGCCGCAAUUCAAAGAUGCAGAGGAAAAAUAUGGGGACAUGAUGAUUGUCAUGAGAACAACAGAGCUAGUGAACAAAGACCUGGACCUUUAUUACAAGGCUCUUGAUAAAGCAAUAAUGACAUUUCAUAGCAUGAAGAUGGAAGCAAUCAACAAAAUAAUCCGUGAACUUUGGCGAAACACCUACAGAGGACAAGAUAUUGAGUAUAUAGAAAUUCGUUCUGAUGCUGAUGAGAAUGUCUCAGCCUCUGAUAAAAGAAGAAGUUACAAUUACAGAGUGGUAAUGGUAAAGGGAGGUACAGCGAUGGAUAUGAGAGGAAGAUGUAGUGCUGGGCAGAAGGUGCUUGCUUCUCUUAUUAUCCGUCUUGCUCUGGCAGAAACUUUCUGCCUCAACUGCGGCAUAUUGGCACUGGAUGAGCCUACUACCAACCUUGAUCGAGAAAACAUUGAGUCUCUUGCCCAUGCCCUCACGGAGAUAAUAAAAAGCCGCUCCCAACAGCGUAACUUUCAGCUUCUGGUGAUAACUCAUGAUGAGGAUUUUGUUGAACUUCUGGUUCGUUCUGAAUACGUGGAAGCUUUCUACAGGAUAAGGAAGAGCGUGGACCAGUGCUCUGAGAUCAUAAAAUGCAAUGCCAGCUCCCUGGGCUCGUACGUUCAUUAGGAAUUUAAGUAAUUCCAUGUUACAGGCCAGCUUGGCUGCCUGACUCUGUAAGGGGUCAUACGAAAGCACCUGAAAAUAUAGUUCCUUCGUAUUAUAUGUUAUUGAGGGUUUGUAGCAAUUUUAGCUAAAACCUGAAACUAUUGAACGUCUAAGCUUUUGCAUAAAUCUGUGUCUGGGUUUUAAGGAUCACCACAAUCUGGACCCGUUAAGCACCACGGACAGAGGCAGACCCAGGACCAGCCUGUGCUGAGCCCCUCACUUUCAUGAUACCAUCACCAACACCUAAAGGGUCUGGGCAUCUGCACCAAAAGAGACAACACCCAACAACAGCAGAGGUCUCAUUCUGCAUCUCAAUAGCUGAUGUUUUUCAGUGCCUCCGUGGCCAGGGAGUUAGGUGGACCUGGGGAAAGGUGCCUUAAAGGGUAAGGACACAAACUGAGCAUUUGAACUAAGGAUGAUUUCCACCUGAAUUUUGUGAAACUGCAAGUCACUAGAACCAGGGAAACCACUCAGGUAAGCAAAUGAAUGGGACUUCCUAGCAAUUACGCUCUUUCACCAGUCCCCUGAUAAAGCAAUUAACACCAGACCAGGAAGAGGGGGAGGAGAAGGCAAAGGAAAAUGCUACACCAUGCAUUACAUAGGCAGUUUUAACUAAGAAUCUUCACUGACUCUAGCACUACUUCCUGAAGGGGAAUUUUCUUGCAGAUACAAUCAACAGGAAAAAAAAUUACUUUGAAUUUUCAAUUUUUCCUGUCCUACCAGUUUUUGUUUUAGCGUGACACAUACAUCCCAGCUCAUGAGCAUCGCAUCAGCUUCAGAAGCAACUCCUCAACCUUUGUGAAUUCCGUGCCUUUUCCCCCUGGCCCCAACUUAAAGCCAUGGCUGGCAAUCCCUCUCUAAAGUAGUUUGAGCCACAGGAAGCUGGGCUGCGGAUGGGCAGAGUCAGCCACCCCCAGCGCCACGUCAGGGGGAUCCCUGCUCCACCACCACACUUCCUGCCUCAGCACACAGUGACAGCUGCUGCAGCAGCUGCCUGGGCUCCCGGCUCGGUCUCCUCCAGCCUUGUCCUGCAGGUAAAGGACUGAAGGUGAGGGGACAAGAGGAGCAGGCUAUCAGGGAGAAGGGGUUGUUGCCCCUUUGUGAUGCUGCUACAUAAAGUUCAAUGCUGUUUGUAAUGCAGAACCCAGCAGAGGUGUUUUAAGGCAAGCGAGGCACAGAUUUAUUGCGGUAGCUCAUUGUGCAGGUGGCAAAGUGGUGAAGAAACCGGCUCUGCACUUGCCCUUGUGGUUUGGCUGGAUUUCCAGCAGAGAAACCCCGGCACAGGAGUGCCUCUGUUCUCCACAUAAAAGCAUCAUAGAAUGACAUACUGGUUUGGGUUGGAGGGGACCUUAAAGCUCACGCAGUUCCAAUCCCCUGCCAUGGGCAGGGACACCUUCCACUGGAGCAGCUUGCUCCAAGCCCCAUCCAGCCUGGCCUUGAACACUGCCAGGGAUGGGCAGCCACAACUCUGUACAAUGCAGGCACACACCUUCAGAAGGAGGGCACAGCCGCAGGCAGACACAGCUCAGAUAUACCACAGUUUAAGAGCCUAAAGUACCAACCAAAAAUACCUUUGCAUGCUGUCACAGAAGCAUCACUGAGUACAAUUGCAGCAGGCCCAGAAGUCCAACCUGGCACAGUGAUUUCAGAGCCAGCGAGGCACCCAGCACCCAUCUGGAUGGACAAGUGUUGACAGGGAAGGGUUGGCUGGGUAUAAUCCCUUCCAAAGGAUGCGGGGCUGACGCAGCCUCAACUGUGGCCAAUACUCUCAGAGCCGGGGAUCUGCAGCAUCUGGAGGGCUGCAGCAUGCACCAGUGCACCACUCAAUUGAGCGACUUGCCUCUCACAGACACCGCAGCAUUAAUUUCUUCACUAACAUCACAUUUUUGGUUUAUCUGCACUUAACAGGUUGGCAGCUGCUUUCACUAGAACAAAGAGAAGGUUCAGGACACCCCUGUCUGAGCGGCCUCAUUUCUGAGUGGAAUUGAUGCUAUUUAAAUUAAAUAUCUUUACAGUUAGUGGAAAAUCAACACUUUGAUUUGCUGAUGUUUCUUUCACUAUUACUUGUGCAGCACAACACUGCUGCCUGCUUACUGCCUGCUGCAAAGGCAAACACGGCCCAAAGCACUUCAGGUACUUAAAGAUUCAGGGAAGAUGAAUUUGUACCUUCUUUUCCCCACCAAAACUGCUUUCUGACCUGCUUGAAGUAAGCAGUGACUUACGGAACACAUAACUGGCUACUGCCCGGAGCAACCUGUCUGCAGCUUCCAGUGGUGAGGUCCAGUUCUGCUCCUGCAGGCCACCUUUUAGGCAAGCACAGCUCUUGCAUGCCCUAAAAGCUACAACUAAAGUUACAAAUGCAGUUAUCUGCAAAUAACCACCACAAACCAAACCCGUCAACAGAGACGAUGCUUCCAAAAGCUUCAUCAUUUCACUUCGAUAGCAUUUAAAUGUCACAUUAAAUAUCAUUUCUAAUCUA